UUCUUCAAUAUAUAUAUAUCUGUUUCAUGGCUGAAAAUUACCAUUAUGCCACUUAUUUCAUACUACUACUAAUAACCAUAACCAAUUUAACAUCCACCUUAGGAAAAAUCGAAAAAUGGAAAACUGUAGUACCACGAGAGCAUACCAUAAUUGUUAACACUACUAUAUCCAACAAAUUCCAUAACGACCUUAAAACAAUCCAAGUUGCUUCCAAUGACUAUGGAAACAUCAUCCACGAAUUACCAUUAGCAGUGUUUCAUCCAUCUUGUAUACAAGACAUAGCAACCUUAAUCAAAAUCUCAUACAAUAGCUCUGUUCCUUUCACUAUAGCAGCCAGAGGCCAAGGUCACUCCACUAGUGGACAAGCCAUGGCACGUGAUGGUGUUGUAGUUGACAUGGCUAGCUAUAGAAAACAGAGAAAUGGGGGUGCAAUUAGUGUUUCUGAAGACCCUUUGAUUGGUUACUAUGUUGAUGUUGGUGGAGAACAACUUUGGAUUGAUGUUUUGUAUGAAACGUUUGAACAUCGACUUGCACCUGUUUCUUGGACCGAUUAUCUUUAUCUAACGGUUGGAGGGACACUUUCUAAUGCUGGAAUUAGUGGACAGACAUUUCGCUAUGGACCUCAAAUCACCAAUGUUCAUGAAAUGGAUGUCAUUACGGGAAAAGGAGAUUUGGUAACGUGUUCUUCUAAGAAGAAUUCAGAGUUAUUUCACGCGCUUCUUGGAGGCUUAGGACAAUUUGGGGUUAUAACAAGGGCAAGAAUUUCUCUUGAACCAGCUCCCACAUGGGUUAAGUGGGUGAGAGUGCUUUAUAGUGACUUUUCUGAUUUUACAAAAGAUCAGGAACGAUUAAUAUCGAUCGAUGGAAGUACAAAAAAUAUUGAAUUGGAUUUUUUGGAAGGAAUGCUGCUAAUGCAACAAGGAUCCAUAAAUAAUUGGAGAUCCUCUUUCUUCCCUCUAUCUCACCAUUCUAGAAUAUCCUCUUUAAUAACUAAGCAUAACAUCCUCUACUGUCUUGAAUUGGCUAAAUAUUAUGAUCAUCAAUCCGAGAAAAUGGUCGACAAGGAAAUUCAAGUUUUACUUCAAGGAUUAGCUUAUAUCCCUGGACUACAUUAUGAGAAAAAUGUGUCAUAUGUUGAGUUCUUGAAUAGAGUCCGAAGUGGAGAGUUGAAACUUCAGUCACAAGGACUCUGGCAUGUUCCUCAUCCAUGGCUUAAUUUGUUUGUACCAAAAUCUCAAAUCUUGGAUUUUAAUUCAGGUGUAUUCAAUGAUAUAAUUCUUAAAAGAAACAUCACUAGUGGAAUUGUCCUGAUUUACCCCAUGAAUAAAAGCAAGUGGGAUGAUAGGAUGUCAACAAUUACACCAGACGAGGAUGUUUUCUAUGCGGUUGGAUUUUUACACUCAAGUGCGUUUAAUAAUUGGAAAGCAUAUGAUGCUCAAAACAAAGAAAUAUUGAAGUUUUGUAAUGAUGUUGGCAUUAAGGUUAAGCAAUAUCUUCCCAACCACAGCACAGAGGAACAUUGGAAAAACCAUUUUGGCACUAAAUGGAGGACUUUCUUGGAAACAAAACUUUUGUUUGAUCCGAGAAUGAUUCUAUCACCUGGACAAAAAAUCUUCAACGACAAUACCAAUAAAAUCUGUUAUAGUCCAUAUGAAUAGAUGAAUUUUUUUAUAUAGUUCCUGGAUUAGGAUCCUCUCCAUUGUACUUUUCAUUUCAUUUUCUCUCUCAUGUUAGAUGGUUGAGAUUCCACUAGAGAAAAAUUGAAAAAAAUCUUUAUAGAGAUAUGAUCCAUUUACAUUUUUACUACGAUAUAGGUUUAUACAAGAUCUACUUUAGAUAUGUUAUAGAUUGUUAAUCAUAUGUACAUGGGGCAUAAAUUUUUUAAGAAGCAAAAAUGUAUUAAUAAAAAAAUA